GUGGGGGGUGGUGGUGAGGGGAGAGCAGGAGUCUGGACUUGGACAUAGAGUUCCAGCCCCUGAGAGAUUCAGAGAGAGACAAACCCCACUUCCUCCUCACUCCCAGGACCCUCUCCCCUCAGCUGUCCUGUUCUUCCGCUCCCAAUUUCCCUCACCUAGAUGGUUAGAAUCAGCAUCACCAUGAAGAAGACGUUGUGCUCCUGGUUCUGUGUUCUUCCCUUGCUCCUAGGACUUGUAUGUACUGGUGUGGGCUCAGCACCAUCCGAGCCUUCUACUACCCAACCAUGUUCUCUGGAAGGAAUAGACAUCUCAGGUGGCUCUUUUAAACUCCUCAAGGAUGGCCAGUUUCUGGAGUACGUGUGCCCAUCUGGUUACUAUCCAUAUCCUACGAAGGUGCGAAGUUGCAAGCCGUGGGGGUCCUGGAGUAUCCUGCAGACCCGAAAUAAGAAGACAGUUAAAAAAGCUGAGUGCAAGGCAAUCCAAUGCCCAGGCCCUGAGGACUUUGAGAAUGGUGACUUCUGGCCACGAAAACGCUUCUACAACAUAAGUGAACAGAUCUUUUUCCAGUGCUAUGAUGGCUAUACCCUACGUGGCUCUGCCAAUCGUAUCUGCCAGUCUUCUGGCCGCUGGGAUGGAUAUACAGCUAUCUGUGAUGCUGGUGCGGGGUAUUGCCGAGACCCUGGCAUCCCCAUCGGUACAAGGAAGGCAGGCAGACAAUACCGAAUGGAGGAUAGUGUCACCUACCACUGUGGCCAAGGGCUCACCUUACAGGGCUCCCCGAGGCGUACCUGCAUGGAGGACGGAUCCUGGAGUGGCACAGAACCCUCUUGCCAAGACUCCUUCAUGUAUGAUACUUCAGAGGAGGUGUUUGCUGCCUUCAUCUCCUCCCUGACAGAGACUGUUGAAGGGGCUGAUGCGGAAGAUGGACAUAGCCCAGGGGAACAGCACAAGCGGAAGAUUGUCUUGGACCCCUCAGGAUCCAUGAACAUGUAUCUGGUGCUAGAUGCAUCGGACAGCAUUGGCAAAAACAACUUCACGGGGGCCAAAAGGUGUUUUAGCAGCCUCAUUGAAAAGGUGGCGAGUUAUGGAGUGAAGCCACGGUAUGCAGUGGUGACCUAUGCCACGGAGGCCAAAGCUGUGGUCAAACUGUCAGAUACGCAAAGCAGUGAUGCAGACUGGGUCACCCAGCAGCUGGAAAAGAUCCAAUACAAAGACCAUGAAGCAAAGUCAGGGACGAACACAAAAAGGGCACUGAUGAUGCUGUAUGAGAUGAUGAUCCUACAGGAGGCCCAAAAUGACGUUAACUGGAAUAAAACACGCCACGUGAUUGUGCUCAUGACAGACGGAAAUUACAACAUGGGAGGGGACCCUGUGGCUGCUAUUGAGCAGAUCCGAGAGUUUCUGGAUAUUGGAAAGAACCGGAAAAAUCCAAGGGAAGAUUAUCUGGAUGUCUAUGUAUUUGGGAUUGGGCCCCUGGUGGACCAGGAGAAGAUCAAUGCUUUGGCUUCAAAGAAGGAUGGGGAAAAGCAUGUGUUCAAGGUUAAGGACAUGGAAGACCUGGAACGCGUGUUCUCCCUGAUGAUUGAUGAAAGCAAGACUCUGGGUCUGUGUGGCAUAGCAUGGGGACAGCAGAAAAGUGGACAUUAUGAAAGACAACCCUGGCACGUCACCAUCAAUGUCAUCAGGUCUACAGGAAAGGAGACCUGUAAGGGGGCUGUUGUUUCAGAAUACUUUGUGCUGACAGCUGCCCACUGCUUCAAUGUGGAUGAUGAGGCCCGUUCCAUCAAGGUUGAUGCGGGAGGCAUGAAGAACAGGGAGGUGGAUGCUGUCUAUUUCCACCCUGAUUAUGACAUCAAUAGAAAGAAAGCUGAAAAUAUUCCCGAAUUCUAUGACUACGAUAUUGCCCUUGUCAAGCUCAAGAAGAAGUUUAUAUUCUCAAAAGAUCUCCGACCCAUCUGUCUUCCAUGCACAGAGGCAACAACCCGUGCUUUGAGGCUCCCAACAACAACCACAUGUCAACAACAGGAAAAAGAGCUGCUCCCUGAGAAGAACGUCAAAGCCCUGUUUGUGUUUGAGGACAAAGACUUGAUACAGAAGGAAGUUUACAUAAAGAAUGGGGAGCUGAAAGCCAGCUGUGAGAGAGAUGCCCUCAAGGCCCAAGGCUACGAGAAGGUAAAGCAGGUCUCUGAUGUGGUAACACCCCGAUUCCUCUGCACCGGGGGGACAGAACCCAAUGGUGACCCCAACACUUGUAAAGGGGAUUCUGGUGGUCCACUUAUUAUUCACAAGAAAAGUCGCUUCAUUCAAGUGGGUGUGAUUAGCUGGGGUGUGGUAGAUGUCUGUAAGCACCCCAAAAGAGUCGCUCCCUCCCACGCCCGUGACUUCCACAUCAACCUCUUUCAAGUACUGCCUUGGCUUCGGGAGAAACUGAAGGACGAGGAUCUCGGUUUCUUGUGAGAGAUUUUCUACGGAGGUGGAAAAGGGCAUGGGAAUACUUAUUGUCUGGGCAAAUUAAAACAAAGAACUGCAAUCAUUCCUGUGUGAGCUUGGGGGGGUAGUGAGGGGGGCUGAGGAAUUCCGACAGCCAUAGUAAUAUAACUCAUACCAAACCAGAUGACCUUUUUGAUGGGCCCCACCCCAAUCCCAGAUGAAAGAAAUUCAGAGGCUAAGGAGGUUAACUGAAUAUCCACCUCAGUGGUUUUUACUGAGACCUGGAGGGGGGUGAGGGGAGAGGAGGGAUUUCCCUCUCCCAUUCUUCCAGCUGCCUAGAACCCAUCCACAAGGUUUUCUUUAUAGACAUCAUCGUUGUAGACAAUCUGGGUCCUCUUGUCCCGAUGGCAGCCCUUAGGGCUGCUUUGUACAGCUAGGAAGAAAGCGGAGAGUAUGUCAAGGAAACAAAAUACCUAGUCAGACCCAAAGAACAGGCCCACCCUUAGGUUCUGCCAUGAAGCAACCUCACACAGACCCCUGGAAAUGUGGGGCCCCCUAUAAUACAUGAAUCUACUCUGGACUGCCUUCCUGCCAUUCUUAAGCCCACAAGUGGCCAACCCAAGCUCUGGGUGAAACCCUUGAAGCAUGAGUGAAGGAAAGGGGAAAGUGGAAAAAAACUGCCAUUUUGAAUUGUAUUGAUUAACAUCAUUAAAAGCAAUUUGUGUCCUUUGAA